ACCAAAUAAAACCUUAAGGCCCAACCUGUCGUCGUUGCCAUAGUCUGUUCCACUUUAGUAUUUAUUCACUUUGGACAUCAACUGCCCACAGAAGAGAACGGAACUCUCUUAAAGCGGUGCCAGCUUUACAGUUUGAUUGAACACUGCGUUUAGUUGCACAUCUCCUAUCCCACAGGGGAAAUAAGAAAUGUACAUAGAAUAAAACAAGACUUCAUCUUCAGCCUGGUGUAACUGAAAGAAGGAAUCUAAUCCCUGAUUGCCAUGCAAACUAUACCGGUUUUUUACUCGACCAGCUAUUAGGACUGCACUGCUGUGCGGAACAUGAAUAUCACAAAGUUCAAUCUGGAUUUAUCUGACUAUGUGUCAGGCAAAUUGAUACCAGAGUUAGUCACUGGGAAAUGGAUAUCCAACUCAGAGAUGAUUACUGAAGACUUUAACAUUUGGAAUCUUAUUACAGGGGAUUUGGUGUCAGUACUUACAGAUAAUCUAACUAGACUUCUAAAACCUCAAAUGUUGGAGUUAUCUAACGACAGAAAAUUCGCACUUGUUCUGGUAAAGGGACAUGCUGUUUGGAGAAAUUCGGUCAUAGGAAAGUACGUACUGGUAGAUCUGACAACUAAUCUUGUUCAAUCUUUCCCUGAACUUGAAACAUCUGUUCGUCUAAUAUCCUGGGCUCCCACUGGAAAUUCGCUUGUCUACGUCAACAAAGAAAACAACAUAUUUUACAGAGACUCUGCAUAUAGUAAUAAGAGUGUUCAGCUGACAACAGAGGGAGUAGAAGAUGUUGUAUACUGUGGAAUCCCGGAUUGGGUUUAUGAAGAGGAAGUCCUUUCGUCAUCUCAAGCUAUCUGGUGGUCUCCCUCUUCAAAGAAACUUGCUUAUGCUGUCUUUGAUGAUUCCCAGGUGUCUGAAUACUCUUGGAACCAUUAUGGAAAGUGGAAAAAUGUUCAAAAUUUAAAAAAUCAGUAUCCUAGAGUCAAAACUAUUCAUUAUCCAAAAGCCGGCUCCAGAAAUCCAACCGUUUCUCUCUGGAUAGCAGUAUUUUCGCAGAAUGGAUCUGUCUUUAAAUUUCGCGUGGAAAACCCAAGCAUUUCAGCCGAACCUAUUCUGACAAGGGUUUUGUGGAUUUCUAAUUCUUCUCUAAUAUCAAACUGGAUGAACCGAGUACAAAAUAGAAGCAUCACGUUACUAUGUCAAGUUGCUACAGAACUUAAAUGCACAAAAGUUUUUAAAACAGAAGAAAAAAACGGUUGGGUGGAAAUGGAAAUGAAUUUUACCCCUAAUCCAGUUAACAAUGGAACCUUUUUGUAUCUCGCACCUGAAAGAAAAAAGGACCGAUUCCAUCAGAUAUUCAUUUAUGAGAAUGGAAAAGCUAGAAAGAUUACACACCACCAAGGAGAAAUUAACGAAAUCCUUAAAUUUAAGAAAAAUGGAGAUAUAUUUUACACAGGAGUUUAUUUGCAUGAUAGAAAGAGCAAGCAUUUGUUUAGAACUCAAAAAGAUGGUUCUGUGGAAAUUUGCGUUACAUGUCGUUUUAAGCACGAAUGUGAAUAUUUUGAGCCUUCAAUUAGUACAGAAGGUCAGUAUGCAAUACUAAACUGCCUCGGACCACAUAUUCCAUAUAGUAAACUUCUGGAUAUCAACACAAUGGAGAUAAAAGCAACACUAAAGAACAACACCAAACUUCAGAAAUUACAUUCUCCUCCCUUAUCCCACAGAAUUCACCUUCAUUAUGGAAAAACAAAUGUGGAGCUAAUGUUACCUUCCGGAGUAACAUUAAAAUCGGAUGUUGAACUACCAACGAUUCUUUAUGUUUAUGGAGGACCAGGAUCACAAGAAGUUUUAUAUCAUUGGUAUGAUGAUACUGUUCUUUUGUCAUACCUGGUUGAAACUAAGGGUUUUAUUGGAAUUAAAAUUGAUGCCAGAGGAUCAGGAAAUGCUGGUGCCACUUUCAUGAUGUCAAACUAUAGAAAUCUGGGAACCAAAGAAGUGGAUGAAAUCAUUAGUAUUGUAAAACGGUUACAGACCCAGUAUAAGAUUAUAGAUUCUAAAAGAACUGGAGUUUAUGGAUGGAGUUUUGGAGGAUAUUUUAGCCUGUCGGUUCUUGCUAGGGACUCCAAUGGUGUAUUUUCCUGUGGUGUUAGUGUUGCUCCUGUGUCGAUGUGGGAACUUUAUGAUUCAAUCUACACAGAAAGAUAUAUGUCGACUCCACAGGAUAACUAUGAGGGGUACAAUAAAAGCACUCCGCUUUGGAAACUUGAAAACCUCAGAAACAAGUCAUAUUUGGUUCUCCACGGCACUGAGGAUGAUAAUGUGCAUUUUCAGCAAUCAAUGUUUAUUGUUCAAGAACUAGAAAAACAGAAUAUUCUGUUCGACCAGGUAUCAUAUCCUGAUCAGGAUCAUGGAAUUGGAGUUUAUCUAGAGCAUGUGAUGCAUACAGUGUCUGAGUUCUUCAUUCAAAAGUUCAAAUAGAAUAUUGUAAACUGGUGAAAUAUUGAAUAUCCAGUUUCUCUAUACAAAUAAUAAAUAUAAUCAAAUUAUGUG